AUGGCACCCAAGGUCAUCACAGUUAUUGGUUCCCUCAACUAUGACCUCGUCAGUCUCGUCGACCGGGUCCCUCAACCCGGCGAAACAAUGACAGGAGGAGGAUUCUACACCAACGCUGGUGGAAAGGGUGCCAAUCAAGCAGUUGCAUGUGCACGCCUGUCGCGACCAAACCCCCGCACUGCUGCAGCAGCAUCGGAGACCCCCCAGACCGAACCAGAAGUUAUCGUCAGGAUGGUCGGCGCCGUUGGAGCCGACGAGUUUGGACCCAAGAUCGUUGCCGGUUUAAAAGGAGACGGCAUCGAUGUGUCAGGCAUCGAGCUGUCCCAAGGCGUGAACACGGGCGUUGCGGUGAUCAUGGUCGAGCAAUCCACCGGCGAGAACCGAAUCAUCCUCGAUCCGGGCGCCAACAGCCGCGUUGUCCCCCCCAAGAUCUUCGAGGACCCCAAGCCAGAUCUCAUCGUCAUGCAACUAGAGAUCCCCCUCGACACCGUCCUCUCAACCAUACGCUCGGCCAAGGAGGCUGGGAUCGCUGUGCUCCUGAACCCGGCACCAGCGGUCGUUCUCCCAGAUGAGGCUUACAAGGGCAUCACCCAUUUGAUCCUCAACGAGACAGAAGCCGCGAUCCUCACCGGACGCAAACUCGAGGAGGUCGAGGCCAAAGGCUUCAGUUGGAUCGAAGUCAUCUCGGAGUUCUUUAGCAAGGGCGUCAAGAACGUGGUUGUGACCCUUGGCUCCAAGGGCGCUUACUACGGGUACACGUGGGAUGACGAGCACGGCCAGUCUAUCGCGGAAGGAGGAUCGAUCCCGGCUGCAAAGGUCGAGAGCGUUGUGGACACCACGGCCGCUGGAGAUACCUUCAUCGGGUCUUACGCUGUCCAGAUUGUGAAGAAGGAGAGUUUCAAUACGGAGGAGAUGGACGCCAUUAUGGCAACGGCAUGCAAGGCGUCGGCGAGGACUGUGGAGAAGAAGGGGGCGCAGAACUCGAUUCCGUGGGCGGAUGAGAUUGGAUCAUGA